AUGGAAUUCUUCUCGCAAACAUACGUUGCCCUUCGUGGUCCUACUGGGGCACCGCAGACCCCCACUGAGAUCAUUAGCAAACUCAGUGAUCGCCUUUCUCCCGCAACCCUCCUGGCAGAUAGACGAGCAGCUGUAUUGUCUUUAAAGGGGCUUGCACGCGAUUGCAGGCAAGAAGUUGGAGAAAUGGCUCUUCCGGGGCUCUUGGAUGUACUAUUCAAUGAUGCGGAGGUUGAUGCAGAGAUAGGUAAAGCAGUUCUGGAAACAUUGGACACCCUUUGCGAUACCGAAGAUGUGACAUCUGGAAGUAGAGAAUCAGGAUUCAAAUAUACCGAUAAAGUCGUUGCAUCCGAUAAAACGACGCACUUCUUGUUCGCUCUACUUGCAGACUCUUAUGUCCGGCUCCCGACUCUGCAAUUCCUCACUACCCUACUACAUAAUCGACGUCAAGUCAUUCAGAGCUAUUUUUUGACAGCACCUGCAGGCCCAGGUAGCAUCAUUGCCGUGUUGGAGGACAAACGUGACGUUAUUCGAAAUGAGGCAAUUACCAUGGUUCAGGCUCUUAUUUCACAAAGCCCUGACAUCCAGAAAGUUCUCGCCUUCGAAGGUGCUUUCGAAAAAUUAUUUAACAUCAUCACCCAAGAGGGAGGCGUCGAUGGUGGUCUAGUUGCUCAGAGCGCGUUAACCUGCGUUGACGGUUUGCUACGCUUUAAUAAUUCUAAUCAGAGUUACUUUCGUGAAACGUCACUACCACCAGUUCUCUGCGCCCUCCUUCAAUUUCCGGUAUCAUUGGACAUUCAAACAACAGCACCACAAGAGUUCGCUUUGCAAUUCUGGGAUACUGACAAGCAGGCUAAUACAUCUCUUAUUGUUGGUAUAAUGGGUAUGCUUGUCGGUUCAAAAGGGCACGGUGUGCAAGAAACACUGCCAUAUACGCGAUGUCUAAUAGAGAUGGCUUUGGCAUCAAAUGCUCCCACAGCUCUAAAAAUCCAGGCUCUUCGACUCUUACCUACCAACAUUAACUUCCCCUUAUCCGAGAUAUCUUUGACGCCAUACGUACCUGUACCUGAUACCAAUGGGGAAGAAUGGGAUAGAUUAGAGCUUGCGUCUGCUUUGGAUGCUCUUAUAGAAUUGGCCAUUCACGGGGAAUAUAAUGGAUUAGAUGCCGGCAAGCGAACCAAAGAAAGCUUGGAGUUACGAACAGCGGCUGCUAGCGUCUUUGAGAAUUUUGUCCGUAAAGAUGAAAUUCGACAAGCUAUCGUGCAGUCCAUGGUUCCACCUGAAGAUCCAGAUUCCCCGCAACGUUCAAGGACAACCCCACUUUUACAUGCACUUGCAUCGCCGCCCAAUACUGCAUCUGCUUUGGAACCUGCAGAUGUUAUCUCUACUCAUAUAGCGACUCUCAUGUUUUCACAUCUCCUUCGAUCUUCACCUCGUGCCAAGGCAUCGGCGAGAUUGAUUAUACCUGGACCCUUGCAACCGACACAUGAUCAGGCUUCAAACUUUUUCGUACCAGCCGAUGGUACGCCUGCUGAACCUGCCCAGGAAGAACCCGAAGACGAAGACGAACCUCAAACAUUGUUACAAAUUCUCACCGAGAACCUUUCCUUGGCCCUUCUUUCUCGGUCAAGAACAAAUGCCUCUGAUAGAGAGGCAAGAGAGUGGGACCGAUAUGUGGUCGGAUAUUUGUGUUUGCUCUCGCAGUGGUUAUGGGAAGACCCUAAGUCUGUCAAGGACUUCUUGGAUGCCGGAGGUCUUGGUGUCCUCGUGGAGCCAAUUAACCAAACAUCAGAAGUAGAUUCUGUUGUUCCAGGACUUUGUUCUUUCCUUCUUGGAAUAUGUUACGAAUAUAACCGUCAACCAGGAGAGAUCACAAGGGCCACUAUUCAUCCAAUCAUUAAUCGAUUGAGCGUCGAUAUGUUAAUAGGCCAAAUGGCACGGUUUAGGGAAGACGAGAGGUUCAAGUCAGUUGGACCCGACUCUAUCGUUCUUUCUUUCCCUCCCCCUAGUCUGCAGCCAUCGGUAAAACCAGCUGUUGGUACACUAGAUGAAGGCGAAAUUUGGUUUGAUUGGGCCUUUGUUGAUUUCUGGAAAUCCAAUUAUUAUACCGUGCAACGCGGGUUCUCCACUGAUCCUGACCAGUUAUCAUCCUCUGCUGGUAUGCAUCUUUCGGAAGAAUUGAAUGGACACCACGCUGACCUCCUUUCAGGCCAAAGCGCGGAGGCUACUAUGCUUAUUGCAUCUCUUAGAGAUGUCAUACGUCAGCAAACUGGGGAAAUUGAAUCCCUGCAAAAGCGGUUGAACGAAGUCAACAAUGUCGAAUCUCAGGUCGCCGAACUCCAAAAGCAGGUAGAGUCACUACACUCUCAACUUGCAAGCUCCGAAACGAAAAGGAAAGACGUCGAGAAAGAGCAGGAGGAUCUUUUGGUUCUCCUUGAUGAAGUUACCAGUAAGCGGCGGAAAGAUAAGGCCCGUCUGCGUGAAGCAGGCCUAGAAGUAUCUGAAGACGAAGCUGAUGACGAUGAUGACGACGACGACGAGGAAUAG